AUGGAAGAGCAGCCAGGUUCUCCAGCCUGCGAGUCCCCCUUUUCCCUGCGGCGUGUCUGCGUUUCCGAAGAUGGGCCUGAAGGUGAAGAGCAGGAGGAGACUCCAGAGAAGGACGCCACCCGGGCACAGCUGGUGGGAGACUCCCCGGAGCGGCACAGGCAGGUUCUCCUCGCCGUUCAGGACGCUGCUGGCAAAGGCAUGGUUCCCUCGCCCCUCGGGACGUGGACAGCCCUGGCCAGAAGGCAGGAGAGGGGGGACAGCCCGGCGACUUCCGACGGAAGAAAAACCGUUUGGAGAACGGACUGGAGGAGGCCCCCUUGUGCCCCAGAGCAGCGAAGAAGAGGAGGAGGGGAAAGGUUCCCGAUCCUGCUCCCCGAGCCGCCUCUUCCCGGAGAUGCCCGUCCCAAGCCGGACUUUGUGCAGCUGAUUGACGAGCACGGCAUCUACUCCACCGCCAAACUCGUGCUGGGCGGCGCGGCGGGCGAGCUGGAGGAGGCGGCGGUGGUGCUGCCGCCCCACCUGAAGCGGGGCGCGAGCGUGGCCAGCAGCGGGGCCGAGUUUGAGAUCCGCGAGGUGAUCGUGGACGAGAAGCCCUUCCAGUGCGGCGUGUGCGAGAAGGCCUUCAAGCGGGCCUGGGAGCUCUUCAGCCACGAGGUGGUGCACAACGAGGAGCGCCCGUUCCGCUGCGACCUCUGCGAGGCCUCCUUCAAGCGCCACUCGGACUUCAAGAGCCACCGGCUGGUGCACACGGAGGAGCGGCCCUUCCGCUGCGAGCUCUGCGGCAAGCGCUUCAAGCGCUCCUCCAACCUCCAGGAGCACCGGCGCAUCCACACGGGCGAGCGGCCCUUCCACUGCGCCUGCUGCGACAAGAGCUUCAAGACGCCCUAUGAGCUGCAGCGCCACACGCUCACCCACUGCACCGAGAAGCCCUUCAAGUGCGCGGACUGCGGGAAGGACUUCCCCACCUCCAACGCCCUCCUCCUGCACCAGCGGCAGCACUGCGACGACAAGCCCCACGUCUGCGGCGUCUGCGGCAAGAAGUUCACCUACGGGCACAGCCUCAAGGUGCACGAGCGCGUGCACACGGGCGACCGCCCCUUCGUCUGCCCGCUCUGCGGCAAGGGCUUCAAGCAGUCCAACGCCCUCUCCUCCCACGAACGCGUGCACACGGGCGAGCGCCCCUUUGUCUGCAAAACCUGUGGGAAGGCCUUCAAGCAGUCGUCCUACCUGGUGAUCCACGAGCGGGCGCACACUGGGGAGCGACCCUACAAAUGCGAGGCGUGCGGUAAAGCCUUCGCCCGGCCCUCCUUGCUGCUGCAGCACCACCGCGUGCACAGCCAGGAGCGGCCUACAAAUGCAGCUUCUGCCACAAGUUCUUCAAGGACCUGGCCUACCUGGCUGUGCACGAGAAGGUGCACACAGGCGAGACCCCCUACAAGUGCAGCGUCUGCGACAAAGGCUUCGCUCACCCGUCCAACCUGCUGCAGCACCAGCGCGUGCACCGCGACGGCUGAGCCCCGGAGCGGCGUGCGCGGUGCGAGCGUUUUGAGGCCAAGAAGCCCACAGCCAUAAGCGAGCGUGCUGCAAGCAUGCCUGCAGCAACAGACGAGCCCCAGGCCAGCCCGCCGCAGCGCGUGUUCCCAUAGGUGUGCAGGGGACUGCUGCAGCGUCCCUGGAGAGGAGCCCGAGAAGUGGGUGCUGCUGCAGCUCUUCUCCUGAGCCUGAACCCAGCAGGGCUUCUGCUGCUUGGCUUUUCUCUGCCAAACCCUGACGCGUGCCGUUCUCUCCCUACUCCUCCCGAGAGGUGAUCCCACAGGGGUCCUAACUGAGCUCUGAGGCUGGGGCUCCUGUCUCCCAGCCGGUGCUGCCUGCGGGAGGGGCGUGCCGUCCAUGAGCGCUGCUGGCCGCAGGCUGGCCGGUGGCAGCGAGCUGUAGCUUGUGGCACGCCGCCGAUGGGCAGUUGCGAGUCCUGCUGGGAGGCCGUGGUGGUUUCCAGAGGUGAGCUGGGCUGGCCAAGGCUGCGGUGCGGCCGAGAGCCAGUGUCCAGAGCUCUGAAGAGCAGCAUCAGCCAGGCCGUGGCAAGCCCUUUGUUUGGCUGAUGCUAAGGGAUGCUUCUCCCCCCAGUGCUGCAAGGAGGACUUAUUUAGUCACCCCAGUAAGCAUAGCUCAGCCUGGCCAUGCAACGGGCUCCAUCAGCAUGUCUGCCUGGUGCCCUGGGGCCAUGCUGCUGCCUUCCUUGAGUGCAAGGUGUAAGCUGGGUGCUCCUGGGGAGCCCCUUGAAGUAGGGGUGUGCUGCUGCCUCUGACUGAGCCCUGCAGCAGGAGCCCUGCCCGUUUUUUGGGGGUGUAUACCAGUGAAAAGUAUGGUGGGGAACAGCAGUGUGCAGGCACCUCCCUUUCCUUCUAAUGAAUUUUAAGCGUCCCGUCCAUAUUUCACGCUGCUACUGAUGAUCAGGUUAAUAAGAAAGCAGUGCCCUUCGCCCUGCUGUGCAGGGGCCACGCGGGCGCUUUGCUGGUACAGCACCACACAGGCUGCCUCUGUUCAGCAGCCCGGUUCUCCCCCCGGGCAGGGAGCAGAGGCGGCGGUGUUGGCUGCAGAUCGUGUGUUCUCACUUAAAACUUGGCACAGGGGAAGGGGUGGGAGUGGAAGGGUGACCCUGGGAGAGCCGGAGCAAGGAGGAGAAGGCGCAGCCCAGUUGGUGCUGGUGGUGGAGUAUCUUUUGGGGAGAUGUCGGAGGAGAGGUGCGGAGCCACACAGGAGCCACCGUCUUGCCUCUCCCAGCCCAUCUGGAGGAAGGAGCCCGUCAUGGAUUGGAAACACUAACCCUAUCUUCUGCCCCAGGGUGCCGGUAAGGCAGGUAGGGAGCAGAAGAGGGGGGUGCACAUGCUGUGAUCUGCUUUGGGAGCCUUGUCAAGGGACAACCCGUGCUGUAAGCUGUUUCUAGCUGCUUGUGGGACCUGGACGAGGAAGGGGUGAGCACACUCAACCAGCACUGGAUCCUCCUUGUUCCCAUGCUGUGCGUGCCCAGCAGGUCCAACGGCAGCACCAGGUCUAGAGCCACCCACGCUGCUGCUGCCACCGAAGUGGAUUUGUUCUCUUUGACUGAUGGCUGCUCCUGCUGCUGGGCGGAGGGUGGCGUGCGGACCUUUCCUUGCGAAGGCAAGCCCUGUCCUCCAAUCUGAGCCGCCUUGGAGGGGCCUGGUGUCACGGGCACCUUCCUGGAUGCCGGGGCUGUGGGACUGGAGGUGCCAACCCCCGGACUCCUGGUGAUCCUGGUCCUACCCCGUCCCCCUUUUGUAUGGUUCCUGUAGCACUGGGGCGGGGGGGAGGCGUGCUCCUCAGCACUCUGCACACUAAUUACAGGACAGUUAUUUAACGA